AGUAGUUCAAUGGCCUAGUCUUCAAGGCACCCAACUGAACGAAAAACGCACCAGUUGAUCUCGAACUGUCAGUGAUGAAUAGGACCGGCUUAGUCGUCUCUGUCUUCGUCAUUAUCUCCUAUGCAGCACGAUGUGGCUGUUGGGAUCCAAAUCACGUUUACCUGUACGACUAUUCAGCCAGUAUAGCCAUCGGAUCACCGACUGUAAGCACCCUGCGAAUGAAAAGUCAACUGAGCGUUCGCGUAAUCAACACUGAACUGCUGAUCUUUAAAUUAAAUGAUUCAAACUUGACUACAUCUGAAAACGAAGAAUGGUCGGGAUCGACUUUACGCCACCUGGAGACGGAAUUCCAAGUCGUUUUGCAAAAUAAUACCGUGCAAUCGUUGGGUUAUCCUGUGCGUUCAAAUGUCAGCCACUGGGCGGUCGGUGUCCACAAGGGAAUGGCCAGUAUUUUCAGCUUGAGAUAUCCGGAGCCGGAACCGAAAGACGGCCGCCUCACCAGCAGCAAAACCUACAGUUCCAUGGAAGAAGAGGUGACUGGCCGAUGUGCCAACGUUUACGAGUGGUAUGCACUGGAGGACGAUGGUAAAGCGGGAACCAAACCCGCUGACAAAUAUCUCUGUCAUCCGACAUCCAGCAGCAGAUAUCAGCUGUACAAGACGAGAGAUUUCGAUAACUGUACGCAGUUGUCCAUGUACAAUAUCUUGUCUCCAGCUGGAUGGAGAUGUCGACCCGGAACGGCCAUCUGCGAAAACGCCCAAUCACGAUCGUUAGUUGAAAGGGUUAAGCUCUGUGGAGACUUGACGAAGAGGAAGCUGGACAUUUUGAAUGUGGAAGUGAGAGAAGAUUGGAUUGGGCAGCCCUGGGGCGCCAAACAUCGCCCAUCCGCGUCCGGAAGAAUGAGCAUCACACAACGGGUGACACUGACCGCAAAGGAGGAAAAUAAAGCCAGGCCGGGCGAAGAAGGGCCGGCCGCUGCUGCUGUCGAACUGUUGCAUCGGCGAGAAGGUGCUGCUGCUGACGGGACCCGGUACGAACAACAAUCGCUGGCUUACGUUUUUCGCGAGCCGGAAUCGGAUUUGGCGUUGCUGGACGACGGCAAAGUGAUAAGCGAUUUUCUCGAAGAUAUCAAGGAGUUACGCUCCAUCACCUUCCGACCAAUGGAGUUGGUCAAGCGCAAAGGAUCGAAUUUGAGGAUACGGCUGUUCAAUCGCUUUCGAUCCUUGAGUCGGCUCCAGUUGGAAUCGCUCACAAAAGAAGCUCGACGUCAGCUUACACCUCAGCAAUGGUCGUUUUAUUUCCAACAAAUGGCCAUGGUGGGUUCGGCCGUGACCUUAGAUAUCGCCGUCCAGCUGAUGGAAGCGGAACAAAUCACCAAUGAAGAUGUCAUGAGUCUCAUCUCGGGUUUCAGCAUGUUUCUACGCGAUCCAUCCGACCACGUCCUUGGCCAGCUCUUGUCGUUGCUGGACUCGAAGGUGGUGCGACGAGAGCCGGACCUUCGCCAGACGGCCAUGGUUUCUCUGGCAUCUUUUUUCCGUGUGGCUUGCACCGAUCGAUUAUCAGCCGAGACCCGGUUCCCGUCGCAGUAUUUGAACAGGACGUGGGACGCGGGGCGGAGAGACACUUGGCCGCGACGCUUUGUGAAAAGAAUCGCCGUCGAGAUCAGUCGGGGCGAGGCCGGCGAUCGGAGCGCCGCUCUGUCGGCCCUAAACAUUCUCGGCCAUCCAUCGCUCAUACCCGUUGUAAUUCCCCUGAUCGAGGGAAAGGUUGAUGCCAAUCCAGCCAUCCGGACGAAAGCUGUUUUGGCGCUUCACAAACUUGCUCAUCACGGGGACGUUGUGGCCAUCAAGAUUUUGCAUACCGUCUACGCCAACCCAUCAGAGAAUUACCAAGUUCGAUUGGCGGCCUUCACUCUGCUGAUGCUCAGCAUUCCGCCCAUUCACGUCUGGCAGGCCGUGGCGGCGAGAACUUGGUUCGAACCGAGACAAAGUCACGUCGCUUCUUUCGUCUUCACCACAUUCGACACGUUGGCCUCGCUGCGCACUCCGUCGCGAUUCCUGCAGAAAUUAUCACUGAGGGCCAAGCAGGUGCUCAGGUUGACAAAGCCAGUGACCCGGGGGCGCUCGGCUAAUUACAUCUGGUCGUACGAGAAGAGGCGCCGCCUGCUGGCCAGCUACCUCCGCCUGGAAACGUUCGCUAACAAGGCCUCCGUCUUCCCCAAGGAGAUCUACGGUCGACUCAACUUCAACUUGGGCGCCAUUGACUUUGAUUUUCUGGAAUUCGAGAUCCACGGUCAUCACAUGGAAUCAAUACUCGCCCACGUCCUCGCCCAGCACGACGACGGCGGCGAGUGCAGCAGCAGCGCUGGCCAGCCACGCCGGACGACGCCGGACUCGAUCGACGCUCUCCUCCACCGGCUCAACGUCAGCUACCCUUCGGGCGAUCUGGGUGAAGGUUUCCUCCAUUGGACGUUGAUGGAAUCCAUUGAAAAGUUUUGGUCUUUCGAUGGCGCCGCUAAAAGCAUCCGAGGCUAUCUAGAGUCGUCGGCGUCGAGCUGGAAUGUCGAGUGGCUCCGGCUCCUGCCACUUGUCAACGUCGAGAUCAGGUGGGCUAAUUCCAUGGGCCUCGUCGCCGAGAUCCAGGUCAAAGGUCAGAUCGCUGCCAGUCUCAACGGAACACUCCAGUACAGCCGCAGGCCGAUGAUUGUCGACAGUCACCUGAAUCCAACGUUGGCGCUUGAAAUCGAUUCGUCUAUGGCAAUCCAGCCAAGUAGCGGCGGCGUCGGUGGCGUCGCGUCGAGCUCCAACAUUCUUCUGUUGGCCUCGCUGCCCGGCCGCCUCAAGGCCCAAUUGACGGAGCUGCCCGUCCAGCGGAUCGAUGUCAAAUGGUCCGCCGAGAGCUCCGAUGAAACCCAAGAAUUUAUAUUACUCCACAAAAGUCAUUGUCUAGGCGUCUGCACCGAGUCUGGAUCAUCUCAGCAGGUCGAGAUGUUCGAGUGGAAGAAUCUGCUGGGCGGCGACGUGGGCGUUGGUGGUGGCGGCGGUCAUCCGGACUGGGAGAAGCUCUUGUCGGCCGUCAGUUUCUCUUGGCUGCCAAAUGAAAAUAUGGCGAUCGGUUGGCAACAGUUCUCGUGGCGCAAGUCAAUCCACCCGAGCGUUUUCCAAUUUUCCGUCCAACUGGAUAAGGCCGGAAAACCGAUGGAGUGGAUUAUGAAAUCCGGGACUAGCGAUUUGCUCCCAGCAGCGCCAACUCUCGUCGGAGGUGAAAGUCAAGGAGCGAGGGGAUCAGCGAUGGACGGCCAGAAUCCACGACGAGUGACAACUGAGAAAUCGACAAGCCUCAGCAGCAGCAGGAGCAGCAGCGAUCCAGUCGAUUUCAUUGUCAUCGAAAUACCAGCCGAGGGACGACGAGGAGCCAAGCCGAUUGCUUGGAGUGCAGCUGCUCCUGCUCCAGCUCCUCAGCAACUCUCCUCAGUCUGGCCGGAAUUAUCCAAGCAAAUAGGACGUCUUUUAUUCAACGUUGCCAGUGGGCAGGAGCAGGAGCAACCGCCGGAAAUUCGGGAGCCAAACAAACAGCGCAGCGGGAAAGGCGAUCACCUGGCCGUGCGAUGGAAAUGGCAAUGGGGCGAUGACAUUUACAGCACGUCGACGGGCGCCCGCGAUUUCCCCAUGGAAGCCCUUCGCACACGCUACACGGGCGAGUGCCGGAUUGGCGCGGCCGAGAUAACCACGUUCGACGGCGUCGUUUACGAGCCUCGUUUCGUUGACGGGUGCCAAUACAUGGCCGUGGCCGCCACAGGUCCCGACGACAAAGCCGUGAUCCUCCUCGAUCGCGGAUCUAACGCCAAAAAUCAGGUCCUCCGACUGAUGGUGUCUGACGACGCCAUCGAAAUCGACUUGGCCAACAAAACAUUAAUCGUCAACCGAGUGCCAAUUCCUCUGGCGCAGAAACCCUCAGCAACAGCAGCCAACAACAGCCGAUCACGCAACCCCAGCCCCGGCGGUUUCACGCUGAGUUCGUGUCACGGCGACUUGCUCUACGCCCGAUUGGUGGGAGACGGACACAACAAGAGAGAGGACACACUCCAACUCGAACUGCCCCUCAAUGGACUCUUGUUGGACAUCCAUUCCGCAGAUGAAAUCAUUAUCAAAGGCCGAGAAAGUUUGGGCGGCCAAUUGCAAGGACUCUGUGGCGAUAUGAAUGGCGAGCGCUUAUUCGAAUUCCGCGGGCCCCGUCGCUGCGUUCUUUCUUCGGGCAGCCUUAUGACCGCUCAAUACCAAACUUCCGACCACCCGCACUGCUCAAUAAGGUUUCAUCCCAGCAUCUCCCACGACGGCAGCAGCAGCGGGGGCAUUCAACAGAAUAAAAUGGAGUCGUCGUUGGCGUCGUCGUCAUCUAGACAUGCCGGCCGACUUCCAGAUGACAAUUUGAAUAACUGUCCCAGACAGGAAGGAUCGCCGACUGUCAUCCAAAUGCCCAUCAGCGCCACUGGUCAACCAAACGAUGACUUGUAGCUAAUAAUACAAAUUUAUAUAUAUAUAUAAUAUUCCUUUCUCGCAACAUCAAAAUCUAUGACGCCGAUGAAAUAUACUGCCUUAUUAUGGUCCUGAA